AUGAAGAAUAUCACGGUCCAAUGUUUUAAACUGGCUCUUCAACAUUGUUUUGGCUCGAAAGGUGCUCCCACCAAAAUUGCAGUUGGGUUAUCAGGUGGUCCUGAUUCCAUGCUACUAGUGUGGCUAUUGCAAAAAUAUAAAGCAUACAUGCCCCAUAAUGACUUGGAGAUACACGCCAUCACCAUAGAUCACAAUUAUCGGUCAAACUCUGACAUCGAAGCGAAACAAAUAUCACAAUGGAUGAAUCAAUGGAAUGUGAAUCAUAUCAUUCACAAGUUGCAAUACAGUGUUGAUCCCACGACAAUUGCCAAUUUCGAAGAGGUGGCACGGACCAAGAGGUACGAAGCCAUUAGAUCAGUAUGCAAUACCCUUGGCAUUUCAACUGUGGUGCUCGGGCAUCAUUGUGAUGAUCAAGUGGAGACAUUUGUUCAACGACUUCAAGGAAACUCAUCAAUCUUUGGUCUUGCUUGCACAAGAAGAUUUUCAAAUAUUCCGUUGAGCAGAGACCUCAGCCCAUCGGAACAAACAAAUCUGGCCUCAGUAAUGCUAGUACGGCCGCUUCUCGGAUUCGAGAAGAAGGCAAUAUUAUCCACUUGCCAAUCAAAUAAUAUCCCAUAUGUGGUUGAUCCAACAAACAAUGAUACAAAAUUAACUCGACGAAAUUAUUUGAGAUACUUGUUUGGAAAGGCGUUACCACAAAUGUUGGACAGUUGCUACUCGCAACUAAACCAAGGAGAUGGGGGCGUUGUUAACCACCCUUCGGUUCGAUACAAGUCAAUCGCAAAGGAUGAACUAGUAAAGUCACAGCAGGAAUGCGCAGACUUUGCACAAAAGUUUGAGUUGAAAGCACAUAGGCUACAUCAUCAACUUGUUCAACAACGUUGGUAUUUAGAGUUCCCUGCGAUGGGACUACUCAAAUUACAACUUCCAAAGCAUUGCUUGGGUGGGUACAACAAAAUUAUCACAAGCAAGUUUCUCUAUCAGAAAUUGUACCCAUAUUCGACUUUGAAUCAUUACCACUGGGCAUAUGCAAAGUUGGAGCGGGGUCUUUUGCCAAAAUUGGAACAGGUUGCAAAAUGUUCAAGGUCUGGUGUAACAAAGCUCUCGUGUAUGAAUUUAAUUUUUGAGGUGACGAACAAUGCACACGCUUCUCAAAUGGAAAUAAAGAUUUUCCGAACUCCAUUGACUCGAAAAGAAUUGAAACUGUGUUUUCUUAACGUGCAUGUCAAUGAGCACUGGUCUCAGUGGCACCUUUUCGAUAAAAGGUUUUGGUUGCGAUUUAGCACUUUGCAUGGGGAAGCCACUUGUGUUGUAAAGCCUUAUUUCCACAAAUUUGAUUACCCGAUUGUUAGGAAAUACUUGAAGGAGAAUGGUUCGAUCAUCAUUGACCAAAGACUUGAUACGUUGCCAGCCUUAUUUCAAGACGGAGAGAUUGUGGCAUUUCCUACUUUGAACAUUGGUAUCGAGAAUAUUCAAUGUGAGUGGGCUUUAAAAGCAAACAAGUACGACUUUAUCAGUCAACCAGUUUAG